GAAUAUGGCAAUGCUUAAAAGCCAUAAUUAUACUAUCGUCAAACUAAAAGCUUAGCACAAAUGCAUACAGACGGGAAGUUAGAUAGCUUCCCAUAAUUCCUGUUGAAACCUCUGCAGGUGUUUACAAACCUACAGCCCGUUCCAUCGGCCGGAAGCGCGUUCCUGUGAGUGUCGAGUGCCCUUAUAAGUAUCAAUUCCUCCCAGCCCUGGGACAUGCUCCCGGUUUCCCCCACACCAAAGACAAUUGCUGCUUCUCGUGUCUCUUUGCUGUACCGCCGACGGUCGCGAUUAUGGAAGCUGCUCUGCCGCCCCCACCUGGCUUAGUACCCAAUUUUUCUCACCCUCCACGAUCACUGGGCUACGGUAUACGAGCCUAUGCUGCAUUUUCUGCUGCCCUGUGCUCAGUUUUGAUCAGCAUAAGGUUGUUUACACGCAUAAUCAUUCUGCGCAAACUCGAGAUAGAUGACUAUACCUGCAUCUUCUCUUGGGUAUUUCUUGUUGCUCUAACAGUAUUAUGUCAAUUCACCGUGAUCAACGGUGCUGGACUUCACCAGUGGAACAUGAGUAUUGAACAAUUCAAAGACUUGCUUAUUUACGUAUAUGUUGCGAAAGUGCUUUAUCUUUUUGUUUUGUUACCGAUCAAGAUCACAAUCAUCCUCCAGCUCCGCCGAUUUUUCGCUCCUCACUCUUAUCUAGCCUCGUAUAAAGUUCUUACCUGGCUACUCAUUAUCAGUACGGCGCUUGCUAUAUCCUCGCUACUCACAGACGUCUUUCAAUGCCACCCCAUCCGGAAAGCAUGGGAAUUCGAUAUCCCAGGGAAAUGCAUCACCUCGCCAGUUGUUCACUCAUACACGGCCAGUGUAAACAUGGCCACGGAUUUUGCGAUCUUACUCCUUCCGGCCUAUUGGAUAUGGAAACUGAAGAUAGCUGUCACUAAGAGGAUUCAAAUAAGCUUACUUUUCGUUGGUGGAAUUGUAGCGUGCCUAGGAAGUAUAUUGCAUCUAUACGAAGCCAGGCAAAUGGUCAAGAAGGCGGAUCAAUCAUACAUGGCCGGUCGUCUUUUUCUCUGGUGCCUUCUUGAAGUCGUUGGCGGGUUCAUAUCAUCCUGCCUGCCUGUGCAUCCGAUAUUCUUCAGGGCGAUCCGGGCCGGAAGCAUCAAAGCAGUGCGCCACGAUCCAUCUUCUGGGGCGUUUCGUCGAAAUACUGAGGAAGAUCUCAUCGGCCAGAGCGGGGCAUCUAGUCGGGAUCCGACUGAUUCUAAAGUUCGAUACCCGGAUCCUGAUGCUAUCAGUCUCCAUUAUUUGCAGGAGGAAGAUCAGUUUCGUAGAUGAGGGCCAUG